UAGCUCACCUGCCUGUUACAGUGUGCAACAGUCAGACAGGUUACAAUAGCAGGCAGCUGUCACCUCAUGUGGCGUCAUGAACACGCUCCUACCUCCAUGUCAACUGUGUCCGGAUAUCUGAGCUCUCUGGGCGGAUUGUUACUUCACUUCCCUUCCCUCUCUGCUCCGCUAGUACAGUAGCAACAGGCAUGCUGCUACUAUCACAACUAUAGUCAAAACUUUGAGUAGGUUUAACUAUAGUUGUCAUCAUGAAGGCUGAUCCGGACGCGACUUCCAGGAUCAGGAGAAGAGCGACUUUCGCAGACGUGAAAGCGGCGAGUCUGCGGCCGGUGAGCGGGAGGUCUGAGGCGGAUAGUCAGAGCUCAGAGCCCGCUGACGUUAGACAACAGGACCGUUCACUGGAAACAUCCCAGUCUAAAGCAAAGAGUGAGAAACUCAAACGCAGGAAUGACAUAAGUGAGAGACUGAGCUGUCAUAAGACGCAGAAGUCCCUGUUGAGUUCAGCCAGUGGUUUCAAUAACUACAGGGGAAUCCUCAACUGGUGUGUGGUCAUGCUGGUGUUGAGUAAUGCUCGCCUCUUCUUAGAAAACCUGUUAAGGUACGGUGUUUUGGUGGACCCUAUUCAGGUGAUUUCCCUGUUUCUGUAUGAUCCCUACAGCUGGCCAGCAGCAUGCCUGGUGAUCGCGUCCAACGUGUUCGUGCUGGUGGCUCUCUACACAGAAAGGCAGCUGUCGAAGGGUUCAUUCACUGAACUUGUGGGAUUUCUGGUCCAUUGCAUUAACAUGGCAAUCAUGCUAACAUUCCCUGCUGCAGUGGUCCUAUUGGUCCCCUCCGUGACCCCAGUUGGCGGUGCGUUCGUUCUUGGUUCUUACACCAUCCUCUCCCUGAAGCUCUACUCCUAUAAGGACGUCAACAUGUGGUGCAGAGAGCUGAGCACCAUCAAGGCCAAGAAACUGGCCAGGUCGAUGUCUUGUCCAGAAGCACAGCACAAGGGUGACAGUAAGGUGUGUUACCCUGGCAACCUCACCAUCAGAGACAUGUACUACUUUGUCUUCGCUCCAACUCUGUGCUACGAGCUCAACUUCCCUCGCUCUCCUAACAUCCGCAUGAGUUUCCUGCUGAGGAGACUGUUUGAGAUGCUGUUCUUCAUCCAGCUGUUAGUUGGUCUCACUCAACAGUGGAUGAUUCCCGUCAUUCAAAGCUCCAUGAAGCCACUAGAGGACAUGGAUCUGUCCAGGAUGACUGAAAGACUUCUAAGAUUAGCUGUUCCUAAUCACUUGCUGUGGCUGAUGUUUUUCUACGGGUUCUUCCACUCGUCUAUGAACUUCACCGCUGAGCUGCUGCGCUUUGGAGACAGACAGUUUUACAACGACUGGUGGAACUCGGAGACGGUGACAUAUUUCUGGCAGAACUGGAACAUCCCGGUACACAAGUGGUGUCUACGCCACUUUUACAAGCCGCUACUGAGGAGAGGAUUUAGUAAAAUAGUCAGCCAAUCAGCUGUCUUCUUCUUGUCGGCUUUCUUCCAUGAGUACUUGGUGAGUAUUCCUCUCGGGAUGUUCAGGCUUUGGGCCUUCAUGGGAAUGAUGGCACAGCUUCCAUUAGCCUGGUUUGUUGGACGCUUCCUGCGCGGUGACUACGGCAACGCUGCGGUAUGGAUCUCACUCAUCAUUGGUCAGCCAUUCGCCAUCCUGAUGUACGUCCACGACUAUUACGUCCUGCAUUACAGACAGGAGGCUGAAUGAUGUGCACACACACGCUCACACACACACAUACUGUAUAUACAUACAUACUGUAUCUACCAUCGGUCUCUCACUUUGUCUCACUCUAUCUUUGUCUAUCCGUCACUCACAAACAAACAAACAAA